CGUCAUGUCACUGCUAUGAUCGAGAUCAUAUGUUCGCGAAUUCGUUUUUGGCAGUGUUGUUAUUGUAAGGUUUCUUCGUAAAGCCUUCGGACUAGUGCGUUUGGCCGACAAUACGUUUGGAAGAACAUGUCUUGCCAAAUUAAAGGCAUUGCAAAUUUAGUCGAUCCCGUUGAUUUAAAAAGUCGUCUUUUUGGGAAUUUCGAUCAGAAAUUCGAUAACGUGCCUGAAAAUGAAUUACCCUUACAAGAUUGUUUUCUUUCUUUAUCGCCGUCUGGAGAUAUUUUGGUCAUAGCAUGGAAUACUCGUAUGGUCAUAUUAGGCUCAAAAUGGGACUCUCAAGAGUCUAGCGACGUAAAGAAUAAAUUUCAUAUUAUUUGGGAUGGCAAUGUGGCAUCGAGACAAAACGAAUGGAUAACAUCUUUAAUAACCCUUCCAAUUAUUUCUAAUGGCAAAUCAAGCGGUGGUGUAGGCACAGAGUGGACGUAUAUAGCUGUGGGAUUGAAUACUGGAUUCUUACAAUUUUACACAGAAAGCGGAGGAUUAUUGCUGGAAGAACAGUUACACAACGAAAGCAUAAUAAAUAUAAAGUGCCAAUCGCAUUACUCUCCUAAACAUGCAGGGGAUACAGGAACUUUGGAGGAGAUUCAUGUUUUGUACAACACAGUUGUAUGCAUUUUACAAGGAUUUUCUUUAUUUUCAACUUUAAGAGCAUUUAGAAAUUAUUUAGCUAGAGUGAAGGCCAAUUGCGAGGAUAAGCCUCCUGCAGUAAGUUUAGUAUGUAAAAAAUGGGGGUUUAAAAAUCAAGAUGUCGUAAAUGAUUGCGAAGUAAUUGGUUCCACUUCUGUAAAUACUUUUGAUCACCUUAUGACCGCGUCCAUUUGCGGAGGAUAUAAUUCCAGUUAUCGCUCCAGUGCACCUCAACAUAGUCUAGUUAUAGCUACAGGAAAGAAGCCGUUCAUUGGUUUCCAUUAUGCUUUUGAAGGAGCUUCCGCUCCCAUUUUAUCGGAUGUCGCUAUUGCUAUGGCCAGUAAAGUUGUAAGUGCCAUUGGUGCUGCUGUUCCAUGGUUCAAAGGAAAUUCAAAAAAUGUAGCUACGUCGGAAAAAUUGAAAGGAUUUAUUAAUGAACCUGCUGAAUCGAUGACCUGCAGAUUUGGUGUAAGUGAUAUUUUGAGAGAAGGGGACUGCAUUAUUGUCAGUCCAAAUAAAUUGCUAUCAAUUAUUUGUGAUGCCAUGGGAAGAGUGAUGUUAAUCGAUAAUAUACAAGGAAUCGUAUUAAGAAUGUGGAAAGGUUAUAGAGAUGCUCAGUGUGGGUGGAUACAAGCUGUAGAAGAAAAGAAUCGAGUACUUGCGAAAAGUCAUCAAGGUGGUAAAAUCGCUGCAGGUAAUACAUUGCAAAAUCGAAGAUGCAAAGUAUUAUUUUUGGUAAUUUAUGCUCCCAAAAAAGGUAUAAUUGACAUUUGGGGUGUACAAAAUGGACCUAAAAUCAGUAGCUUCUAUGCUGGUAAACAUGGAAGGCUACUAUAUACGAACUAUGGAUUAUGCGGAUUAAACGAUAUGACAUUAAAGUCAAGAAAUCAAGCACAAUAUCCUUGUGUUUUCAUUGAUUCACUUGGAGGAAUGAAAGAGAUCACAGUUCCAUUCCAUUUUGCUCUUAAUAGUCAUAAUAAUAGUGAACAUAGCAAUAGUUCUAGAGACACGCAUUUAUUUAAGAAAUUAAAAAAAUUUUUGAAGGAAGAAGAAUUCAAUGAAGAUAAAUUGAUUAAUGAAGUUACCAAUCUUUGUUUGGAUAUAAAAACGAAUGAUGUUCAAUUAGAAACCAUUGAAAUGUUAAUGAUUAAUAAGCAUAUUACACCAAGUGCUUUGUUAGCCGUUGUCGAUUGCUUUUCUAAGCAAUCUGAUUCUGAAAACGACGCAUCUAAAUUAUUGUCGAAACAACACAAUCGGCUAUUAAAACAACUGGGUGAUGUUAUUAAAUUUUACAUAUAUAUUAAAGCACAAUAUGACCAACCACCCGAAUAUACUACCGACGCUUCAGAUGAAAUUGUCAAUGAAAAGCAACUGUCCAAUACAUUGUUUACGUCUGAACAGGAAAUACAUAGAAUUUUAACAUUGUCAAAAACGUUAGCAAGUAUGAGAAAAUCCAAUCCAAAUAGUCAAAGUAGAGUGACAUUUAAAGAAGAUGGAGAAACAUUUUUAAAUUUCUUAUCAUGUUUUGAUUUUAAUUCUUCGAAUUAUUUAGAGUUAAAAAAAGAUGUUAAUUUCGAUUUAAAAUGUCGGAUUUCCAAAUUGAUAUUUCAAGGAUGUAUGUACUCGAGUGUUCCAAUGUCGAAUUGGCGAGAUCGUGCUGUUAAUAGCAAUAUACAUCCCGAAGUGCUAAUCCAGUUUGCUCUUAUUUAUUGGCUGACCAAAAGUAUGGUAUCAUCAUUGGAAGUAGAAUUGAUAAGUUUUACAAAAAUACUUCAUACUAUUUGCUUAUUGAAUGAUGCAGAAGAAAUAUGCACGAGCUAUAAUGAGGUUUCGCGCUGGUGGAGGGACGUUAGAAAUAUUUUAAUAAAUUCCACCGAUCCGUUUAACGCAUUAACCGCAGCAAUGGCGUGUAGAGCAGUCUCGAUUACUAUGCAAAAAAAUAAAGAUCGAUUGCAAACCAGCAUUAAGAGCGAUUUUAAUGAAAAUGAAGCCGAAGAUGAAAAAGUUAUUAGCAAGUCAGAGAAGUUGGUAAGAGAUAAUGUGAAAGAAGAUGGAAACUCGUCGCCAGAAGAAGUUAGUAAUCUUAAUGAUUGGGAGAGUGUCAGUAAAGAUACUUGUCAAUUUUCGUUGCUUAUCGGCAAUUUAGAGGAUGUUGCCAUAUUAAAUGCAAUCGUUUGCAAUUCUCCAACACUGGACGAAACCACGCCAUUUUAUACUUUACCCUAUAAAAUAACUACUGUAUCGUUGGAGCUUGUGCUUUCUAAGGGAAAAGGAUCUGUAUCAGAAAUAGUAUCAAAAUGGCUUAGCUCAACUGGUGUCGACCCUGCGCUUCUAAUAGAUGAAUCAAAUACUGAAUUAGAGCAGUGGAAUUUGUCAGAAAAUUCAUUAAAAUUUACGGGCUGGUCGGAUGAAGCCAAGUCCGUAGACUUUCUUCAGCAAGAUUCCAAAAAUUUUGCACCCGAAAUCGAUGGCGAUACCACUAAUACUCAACAUACCGCCCUCGCAAAAGUUUUAGAUAAAGUAUCAUUACUUAAACGAUACUUUCCAUACAGUUUAAAUAGUAGCGUUUUACUAGCCAAUUUAUCAUGGGAAUUCAUUAUGUUUUGGAUCAAAGAUAUAACGCGAUUAGAGGCAUUAGAAACUUCAUUGAAUGUACUUCGUCAUAUUCCUUUUGAUCGUAUCCGUCAUGGGAUAUGUUGCCUACUCUGGAAUCUUCAUUUAAAGAAGAAAAUUGAAAGCGUUGCAAAACUUAUCAACAAAGUAGGGAAAUUACCAAAAGAACGCUUGUGUAUACAAGACAUUGGACUUUCAGACACUCAACUCACAAUAUUCUUGCAUCAUUGUGUUAAAUUUUUAGAUAUCUGGUUAAAUGCUGCAGUUGUAGAAGAUGAAAAAUAUUCAUAUAUCAGAUCUGAGGAAUUGUGGGAGGGUCAUACAGGUGGCCCACAGCCUUUGGCAAUUGUAGCAAUUUCACAAGCACCGGCUCACUACGAUUUACUUAUGUUACACUGGCAAUUGGCAAGUGUAUUUUACGCGAUGUCAUAUUUUAACUUGAAAGUAACAAAACCAAUUGACAAUAUGUUUCAUUCGAUGGCUCAUCAAUAUUUUUUUCGCGACAUAACGGAUAAAAUAACGAUUCCAUCGUACAAGGAAGACAAAAGGGAUAAUAUGCGUUUAGAAUUUCUUUGUCGUGUCAUUACAGCUACCAUAGAAUCAAUUCAUCAAGAAACAUUAGUCAAUAAUUUAAAUUUUACCGAAGCGACUCAAUGGAUGUGCAAAUGCAAAGAUUUAGCAUGUGCGUGGCAACUUGAUGUCGAUGAACUCAGAAUUCAUCAAGUCUGUCAAUUGUAUAUUAAUGGCUUUGAUCGAUUAGCGGAAGAGGCCAGUUUUUUUGUAAAUGAUCAAGAAAGGUUAGCUGCAAAACUUCUCCCAAUUGCAGGUGGACGUACAAUGGCUUAUAUUUCGAAAGUACCUGAUUUAUUAAAAGAAAUAUCAAGGAUAAGUCCGAACCUUACCACAUAUCUAAAAAACCUUGUACAGGAUUCUCCGGAUACAAUUUUCACAAAUUGUUCCAAUAAAGACAGAAUAGAGUUAGUGCAAAAGAUAUACAGAAAUAUUCCAGAAACACAUCAUGAAUAUCAUAUAGCUCAGCAGAUGCUUGAUGCAACUUCCAAUUUUGAAGAGGAAACUUCUUUGAAAUCGAACGAUUAAU